ACAGCGUAACGGUCGCGGCCAGGCGCCCACUUGACGUACGUUCCGGUCGCGCGCGCCACACGCACACGACACACCGCCGCACGAAAUUCCGCGCGCGAUCGACACAAUUGUAAUAUUUUACUGUCGUCGUCGAUAUAAUAAUAUAUAAUUUAAUAACUAUUACCAGUUAAUAAUUGGCAACCAAGUCACCCUCUCCCACCCACAACUACGACCRACCUGCGCCGUCAUACGAUAAUUACAUACCACUUAAUAUCGUCGUGUCAUAUAUCGGUGAGAUUUUCUUUCACGCCGGCCGGCCACUGCGGGGCGAAAGUAACACAACCGGUCUAGCGCUACAAUUAUAUUAUGUGACGUGACAUCGCAGUAGGCACACGUGCGUUAGCCCACGCGUGUGUUUCUGCAAAACAUCAUCCGUUUCGCAAUAAGCACCUACCACAAUAUUAUUACGCCGCACGUGCUAUAACGAUAUUUAUAUUUACUAUUGUAACCAUAGACAAUAAUAAUAUCGUCAUCGCCGCCGCUGCCGGACGACGAUUCCGAUCGCGUUUUCCGCUAUACUAAUUUACGGUGACGGAGAAUCGAAAAAUCCGCAUCGUCACCACGCGUAGUUUACGCAUAGCCGUCAUGCGGCAGCGGCCGUCCAACCACGUCCACCGCCGUCCACGCACCGGUCGAGGCGCCGCCGUCGCCGCCGGCAAUACCGGUGUCCGUCGUAGCGCCGGCCACAACCACGACGGUCGCUGUCCGUGCGUCUCCGCUGCAGCCACCGCACCACCACGUGCCGGCCGCCGAUUGCUGCAGUCGUUCCGUGCCCAUUAGAGACGUGUCCACACACAAGAAAGAACAYAAAGAAAUGAGUUCAUUAGUUGGCUGAAUAAAUUAGUGAAGAGAUAUCUCCGAAUCUAACUCUGAUAUCAAAAUGUCCAAGAAAAGCUACAGGGUUCGGACGGGGCUUCGGACGGGUCGCAGUCGUGCAGCAGCUGUUGCGGUUCAGUGAUUGACCUGACCACGAUGGACCUGGACGCUGACGAGGUAGAGCGAUGGCUGUGCGAAAAAGCGCCACAAGACUUGGUGGACCGCGUGAUCCGGGCACGGCUUCAACACCGCACCGGGUCGUUGACGAUAAACCGGGCGAAACGCGGCUCCAUGACGUCUGAAAUGUUCAACACUUGGCUCGCGUCGUCUCCGAUCAAACGGUCGAGAUCGCCUAACAGAGUGACACGGAGCAGUGGUGAAUGGAGACAUCAUUUGGGUUUGUUAGACGAAGGAGAGCUUUUCAUGGAGCUCAUCCGGGACGUGUCGAACGAAUUGGAUAUCGACGUCCUAUGUCACAAAAUACUUGUGAACGUCGGUAUAUUAACCAGAGCUGACCGUGGCAGUCUAUUCCUAGUGAGAGGCAGACAUCUGGUGGCCAAACUGUUUGACGUAACUGUAGACACGGAACUGAGCGAAGCUGUCGACAAGGCGAAAGAGGAAGAAAUUCAAAUACCGUUUGGAGUUGGGGUGGCCGGCACAGUGGCAGAAACAAAGCAAGUCGUCAACAUCAAAAACGCAUACCAGGACCCGCGGUUUAACCGGGAAAUCGAUCACAUGACGGGCUACACGACCAAUUUGAUAUUGUGCGUGCCGAUCUGCAACUACGACAACGACGUGAUCGGAGUGGCUCAGAUAAUCAAUAAGACCGACGGCAGUCACUCRUUUACCGAACACGACGUCGAGAUAUUCCAAAGGUACCUGACGUUCUGUGCAAUCGGAAUACAAAAUGCUCAACUGUUYGAAAAGUCUAUACAGGAAUUUCAGAGAAAUCAAAUGUUACUCAGUUUGGCUAGAAGCAUAUUCGAAGAACAGAACAAUCUUGAUUGUCUAGUAUCGAAGAUCAUGACCCAGGCCAGAGAUCUGAUCAAAUGCGAACGUUGCGUCGUCUUCCUGCUGGACUUGGAAUGCGAAGAAGCGAGCCAUUUGGAACACUUUGGAGCCAAGCCAGGGAAUUAUUCGCUGGAAAAAAAAGCGUCCACCAAAAACAGCACCGACACGUUGGCCGAAGAGGUUGCCGUCACUCAAGAACAGCAAAAGGACAUCAAUUUCACCACGGUUUUUGAAUUGGGUUCGGAACUCGGUGUGAAGAAAAUCAAUAAGAACGUCAAGCCGUCCAAACUACUUCAGAUAGCGCAAGAAGUGGCCAGCUCUACACAGUUAUUGAACAUAGCGGACGUGCAAGUGUGGGCCGCUUCGUUAAGCCGACAACCGAGCAUGGAGAGCGACGACGGAUGUACGGAUCAAGUUCCCAUCAAGUCCAUUCUGUGCAUGCCGAUAUUGAACGGCAAAAAGGACGUGAUCGGAGUUGCACAGUUGAUAAAUAAGGAAACCGGAUUUCCGUUUACCGACUGUGACGUGGCGACGUUCGAGGCUUUUGCCAUAUUCUGCGGUCUGGGCAUUCACAACACUCAGAUGUAUGAAAGCGCAUGCAAACUAAUGGCCAAACAAAAAGUGGCGCUCGAAUGUUUGUCGUACCACGCGACCGCGUCCGUAGACGAUACCAUCAAAUUAGCGCAAGACAAAAUUCCUUCGGCCGAGACGUACAACUUAUAUAGUUUUAAAUUCAUAGACUUCGAUUUGUCAGACGACGAUACAUGUAAAGCGACCAUACGUAUGUUCCUGCAGUGCAAUCUAGUGCAAAAAUUCCAAAUUCCAUAUCACGUCCUUUGUAAAUGGGUUUUGAGUGUGAGAAAAAACUAUCGACCAGUAAAAUAUCAUAACUGGAGACACGCGCUAAACGUGGCACAGACUAUGUUUGCCAUGCUGAAAACCGGAAAGAUGGAAAGGUUCAUGAGUGACUUGGAAAUUUUGGGAUUGCUGGUGGCAUGUUUGUGUCACGAUCUCGACCACCGGGGCACGAACAAUGCUUUCCAGACGAAGACCGAAUCACCUUUAGCAAUUCUUUAUACAACCAGUACAAUGGAACACCAUCACUUCGAUCAAUGCGUAAUGAUUCUAAACAGCGACGGCAAUAACAUAUUCCAAGCGCUGUCACCGGAAGAUUAUCGAUGUGUUAUGAAAUUGGUGGAGAACUCGAUUCUGUCUACAGACCUUGCCAUGUAUUUCAAAAAGAAAAACAGAUUUAUGGAGGUCGUUGAAAACGGUGAAUUUGAUUGGCAAAGUGAAGAAAAAAAAGCUCUAUUGUGUGGUAUUUUGAUGACUGCUUGCGACGUGAGCGCUAUAGCAAAGCCUUGGGAAGUUCAACAUAAAAUGGCUAAGCUCGUGGCCGACGAAUUUUUUGACCAAGGCGAUUUGGAAAAGUUACAACUUAACCAACAACCGAUGGCUAUGAUGGAUAGAGAAAAAAAAGACGAACUCCCGCAGAUGCAAGUUGAAUUCAUUGAUGUAAUUUGUUUGCCGCUGUACAAAGUAUUAUGUGACACUUUCCCGUGGAUCACGCCAUUGUACGAAGGUACACUAGAAAAUCGAAAGCACUGGAAAGAUUUAGCAGAAAAAGUUGAAAUGGGCUUGACGUGGAUUGACCACGACAAAAUUGAAAUUCCUGUCGAAGAAUUUUUUACUCACAAAAGCACGAAAGACAUAGAGUUUACAGUAACCACACUGAAUACUACCCAAAAUUCAACGAAGAAAAGCAAUACAAAACAGAACCUCGACCUGAAUCUGGAUACUUCUUCGGCGCUCCACCGGAACGGCGCCAAGUUUUCCAGUUUCCGGAAAAAACCCACGUCCAGUCGGUCGUUCCGGAACCGAGUCAGCCGGUCGCUGUACAACAGCACCGCUAGCAGCGGCGGAUCCGCCUCCAUGACUUCCGUCACCGCGAAACCGUCCGACGCCGCGACCACCGCCGACCAGCACAACAUGAUAAGUUCUGCGUCUUUGCCGGUAUUCACGUCGCCGGCGUCCACGCCGGGCUACAGCAGCGGUGGUGGCAAGCAGCCCACCCACACGCCGUCAAUGUCGGCCACGCCAGUGAAAAAUAAGAGCAAAUAUUGCCGAAUUCUGUGAUAAACGUUCCGUUUUUUUUUCACGCUGUGGUUUUUAUUUUAUUUUACCGUCUCCCGCCCUAAUAUAAUAUAGUUUAUAUUAAUAUUCUUGGCUCGUAUUGCGUACGGAUCGUCCGUCGAACCAAUUUCCGAUUGACCUAACCUAGGUAGUGAUAUCCGAACUAGCAGUGAGUGGUGGAGGUGGGGACUGAAACAAGGAAUUUUCGAAAAGAAAACCUUCCAAAACGUUUUAUAUACCUACGUGAAACUUUCGAAAAACUUUAAAUCUUUGUAUUUAGUACCUAUCGAUACCGAUUUCAUGUUUGGAAUUACAAUUUUCUUUUACAUUUCUUUUUUGAAAACGAGUCGAUUAUAAAUACGAAAGUUUUAUUAUAAUGAUAUUGACGAUAUUAUGUCCAGCCUACGACUGAUAAUAUUAAUGAUGACCGAUUCAACUUAGAUUGUCUUAAAAACUUUCAGAUUUGAUGGUACGGACAGUACAAUUCGGUUGAGUUUAAUUGUUUACAUUGAAUUGGGGAGUUCAUUGUGAAGGGUGUUUGGGUGGUAUGUAGAAUAUAAUAUAGGUGAUGCUAUUAAAUCUCCUCAGACUUAAAUCUAUAGAAGCAUGUUAGAAGAAUUAUUAUAUUGUGUAGUUAUAUCUAUAAUUGUAUUAUGGGUACUUAAAUAUUAUAAUAACAUGUGAUCGACUCGUAUACGCAUAUUUUUUUAUUAUUAUAUUAUUAUUAUUUUUUUUUUUUUAUAAACCGAUAUCUUGUCAAAUGACACAAAAUUACAGUAUGAUUUUGUACAGAGUUUUAAAAUCAAAAUAUUAUCUUACUUUUGCAAGCCCUCGUAUCCAUCCCCAUUCCUCACACCACUCGCAAUGCCAUCCACGCCAAAAUUUACGUACUUCCCUCCUAAAAUAUUUUAUUAUUAUUAUUAUAAUUAUUGUUACAUAGACCUUCGUUUUCGUUGUUGUCUACAAAAUAUGGACUGUUUUAUAUAAGAGUAUAUAGUAAUAUAGUUUAAAAGUAUUCUAAAUUAUUAUUAAAAAUAUGUCGGAAAUGUUUAGGUAAAAAUAUUAUAAAUGAUAAUUUGUUUAAAGAAAUUGUGUUUUUAUCCGGUCAAUCAUCGACAAUAUAAUAUUUUAUUGUURUAAAUUCCAAUCGAUUUUUGUUAUUCCGACUGAAAAGAAUGAAAUUAAUUGCUCGAACGAAACAAUAUUGCAUUUAGAAGGAUAAUUAGUUUGAAUGGGCUGCUGAAUCAAAAUAGUAACGAUGUUAACAUCACGUGAUGUUUAGUAACUUUAUCUGUUAAACCCUGUCACAAUCUAUAAAUAUAUAGUAAAGCUUAGAACAGUGAAAAAAUAAUCACAAUCAUUACCUUUAUUAAAU